AUGGCUGGAUUCACAAUUACAGGAGCUAGAAAAUUUAUUAUAACAUUUGGAUAUGACUAAACAGUCUGCACUGAUAUUGAAGCGUCACCUUCUGCGACUGAGAGUGUAUUUUACACAGCUGGCAGAACUUAUUCCAAUAAUAUUAGAUGCAGAGGAUUACAUCAAUACUGGGACUAAAUGAUAGCAAAAUAUUCAACUUCAGACGGAUCGCAAUAAUGGCUUUACACAAUUGGAGGAAAUAACUAUGACUUACUCGAAGAUAUUGUUUUGAAUAAUGAUGGAACUACUCUUUAUGGCGUUGGAAUGAGCUAAUCAUUUACCUAUGGUGAGUCAGAUCAUGUAUUAAUGGCAAUGAAAACUUCUGGAGCAGGAUCUCUAUUGUUUUAUAAAAGAUAUGGCUGCACUAGAGAUGACUAGUUGCUUGGGAUUACAAUAUCUAAUACAAAUUAGUACAUCGUAUUUACCGGAUAAACUUAGUGCUUUUAAUCAUCUUAAUAGUCUGAUUAUAAUAUUCCAACAUUUAAAUAUGAUCUCCUUACUCAUCAAAUUGAAUGGAUGAUUGUUACUGGAGCUUCAUCAAAAGAAGAUUACAGUAAUAGUAUCUAAUAUUCAUUGUAUGACUAAGGAACCUAUCAAACGAUAUAAACUUUAUAAGGGACUGAUUCUUACUAUAGUGGUGGCUUUAUGAAAAUCUCAUCAGAUGGGCAGUAUAUUUAUGCUAAAAAAUUUGCUGGAACUGAUAGUCAUGAUAGCUGUGAUGACUUGGAUACUAAUGAAGAUGGUAGAGUAGUGUUUUUAGUAUGCACGGUAGGUUCUACAAGCUUUAUAAGCAGCGCAAGGAAAGCAGCUUUUAUCUUAAAGAUUAAUGGAGUAGAUGGUACCUUGAUUCAAGCUAGAAUAUUUGAUUCUAACAGAGAUGAUAAUUACAGAUCAGUAGCAGUAGAUAAAUAUGGAUUUGUCACUAUAGCAUUCUCUACAGAUUCUACUAGUGGUAACUGGGCUAUUUCAUCAACAUCAUGGGGAGUCACUACUUACUAUAGAUCAGUAGGAGUUCUGAAAAUUGCAGCUGAGCUAGAUGAUGUAGAUUUUUUAGUUUAAAAAACUACAGUUUCAUUGACUGAUAUAACCACUGACUGGAAUGUGUAAAGAAUUGGGGACAAUAUUUAGUUUAUAAAUCAAGUAAUGACUGGAUAAGUUUGUUCAAUUUCAUCAGGUAAUGUUGGAUAUAGUUCGUAGUCAUGGUCAAAAGUUGCUGUGGCCUCUACUGUAUUUAACAAAUUGUACCCACCUUUGAUGAAUGAUUUAACUUUCAAGGUUGGAUAAACAGUUUCAGUUGUCCUCAAUAAUUUCUGCUAUGAUACAGUUCCUACUUAUGUAGAUGUAAUUGGUCUUGAUUACAAUACUAUAUCUCAAACUCUGUACUUUUUGCCUCCUGGAUUGAUCCUAAACUGGGUCACACAAAGACUUACUGGUAAACCUACUCAAGCAGGAAUAUAUGCACUUAAACUCUAUAAAGCAGUAAGUUCGGAUGAAGUUAGCACUACUAUUCUUAUUACAAUUACAGGAGGAAAUUCAGUUCAGAAAACAACAAAAAAGUUUGAAAUAGUACCUGAUACUGUUAUCGCUGGUAAAUAAUACUACUACAGCUUUGACCCAACUGAUUAUUUUAAUGAUGAUGAUACCUAUACAUAUUAAGCUUAGCUUAUAACUUAAAGAAUAGGGUUAAGUAUUACUUACUCAGAUUUACCUUCUUGGUUAACAUUCAAUUCUUAGAAUUAUACAUUUAUUGGAGCUACUUAAAGCUCGGAUUAUAGCUAGUUUCCUGUUGAGUUAGAGAUAGUAAUUAAAGCUAGUGAUGGCCAAGUUUACCAUAUCAAGGGAUAUACUAGGAUACCUUAUCAAGAUCUCUUCUUGGGAAACCUACCACUUAGUAAAGUCUUUAUGCUUACCUUGAAGGGUCAGAUGGAUUUUAGAGUACUUAAGUCUAUUUUAACCUGA